GAAGCAGAUUCUACUGACAGAUAGUUCAGAAAGGUUUCCUGUUCUGGUUUUGAAUAAACUGUUCUUUUGAGGAGUCUUGGUUUGCAAACAGAAUACAUCUCCUCAGUAUCUUGAUCCAUCAGUCUAGGUCUGCAGCAAUGCAUCAGUUCACUUCAAUAAUGUUUUCACUGCUAGUCAUUACUGGGCUGCAGGUGAGUGUUCAGACGGGAGAAAAACGUUCGGAGCCAAACCUCGACAGACCGUAUAAAUCAGAGCUAACUGUGACAAAUGGAGGAGGCUGGGGAUUUUGGGGAGAGGUGGACAUGUGUCCAGAUGGAACGUAUGCCGCAGGGUUUAGCCUAAAGGAACAUGAAGCUGAAUGUAGACGUCAAUGUGGUGUUUACCUCCAGGAACACCUGGAGGAUUGGAGAAAAGCUUAUUCAUUUAGUUUUUCUAAUGGGUUGGGUUCUGUUCUUAAGGUGGAAGCUCCUGUUGGUCAAGCGGAUGACACUGCACUCAACGGGAUUCGUCUUUACUGCGUUGGAUCUGGAAACUUAACAGACUCGUAUCCCAGCUACUGCAAAGUUCAGUCUGAUGUAGCCAGCUGGGGUCAGUGGACUGAUAUCACAUGGUGUCCUUCUGCGUUGUUGACCGCUUUUCAGCUGAGCGUUGAACCACCUCAAGGAAAUGCUGAUGAUACGGCUGCAAACAACAUCAUGUUCCGCUGCAGUAAUGGUGUUUCCCAGCUUGGUAAUGGAACAGACUUGGGUGAUUGGGGCGACUGGAGUGACACAUGUGAAGGAACCGGGAUUUGUGGUCUGAGGACACUGGUAGAACUGCCUCAAGGAAAUGGAGAUGACACCGCUCUCAAUGAUGUGAUCAUGUACUGCUGUGACUAAGGUGUCCGAGGAUGACGACAACCACAAGGUCAGAUGGAUCUCUACUGUUGAGCUCACAUUAACGAUGUCCUGCUCCUAGUCCAGAUAUAAAGCCUGAAAUGCGCUCUGAACCUCAUCACUGAGCAGAGGCUGAUGGUACAACUCACUUGUGUCUUAAUGCACUUCACAAUCCAUGAACUCCAUAUUCUACAUAAACUGUAGGGCUUCAUUAUAUCCUAACAUUAAAAUAUUCAACUCUGA